CUUCCCACUUCACCCCGACCAGCGCGUGCGUGCGCAUGCGUGGAGCGCGGCGCGCACGGCGGGUGGGCCUUUGGCUGUUCCGCCGUGGGAUCCGCCGCGUCUCCGCAAGCAGUCGGCUCUGAACCGUGAGCCGCCGUGAGCUCUAGGGUUCGAGAGGGCGCCAACGAGCCCGGGGGCAUCGCCCACAGCGGCCAAGCUCAUGGCCGGCUGAGCGGGACGCCGCCUCCGCCUCAGCCACCGCCGCCGCCGCCGCCGCCUCCUCCUCAGCCGGCGGCGGCCCGAGCCCAGCAGCCAUGGCCGAAGACUACUGGGACGGGCGCCUGCGGCGAACUGGAGGAGAAGGAGGUCGCGCGGCCUCAGCCCGGGCCGCCGCCCCAGGCGCCGCCGCGCCGGCCCCGCGGCGCUGAGGUUGCUCGCGCGCCCCCACCGGUCGCCAUGGAUCGGAUGAAGAAGAUCAAACGGCAGCUGUCAAUGACACUCCGAGGGGGCCGAGGUGUAGACAAGACCAAUGGUGCCCCUGAACAGAUAGGACUGGAUGAGAGUGGUGGUGGUGGUGGCAGUGACCUUGGAGAGGCUCCCACACGUGCUGCCCCUGGGGAACCUCGCUCAGGACGGGGCCCACUGAGCUCUGCACCAGAGAUUGUACACGAGGACUUAAAGAUAGGGUCUGAUGGGGAAAGUGACCAGGCUUCAGCCACGUCCUCAGAUGAGGUGCAGUCGCCAGUGAGGGUGCGCAUGCGCAACCAUCCCCCGCGCAAGAUCUCCACUGAGGACAUCAACAAGCGUCUGUCACUACCAGCUGACAUCCGGCUGCCUGAGGGCUACCUUGAGAAGCUGACCCUCAAUAGUCCCAUCUUUGACAAGCCCCUCAGCCGUCGCCUCCGCCGUGUUAGCCUGUCUGAGAUUGGCUUUGGAAAACUGGAGACCUACAUCAAGCUGGACAAGCUGGGCGAGGGUACCUAUGCCACCGUCUACAAGGGCAAAAGCAAGCUAACAGACAACCUUGUGGCACUCAAGGAGAUCAGACUGGAACAUGAAGAGGGGGCACCCUGCACCGCCAUCCGGGAAGUGUCCCUGCUCAAGGACCUCAAACAUGCCAAUAUCGUCACGCUGCAUGACAUUAUCCACACGGAGAAGUCCCUCACUCUUGUCUUUGAGUACCUGGACAAGGACCUGAAGCAGUAUCUGGAUGACUGUGGGAAUGUCAUCAACAUGCACAACGUGAAACUGUUCCUGUUCCAGCUGCUCCGUGGCCUGGCCUACUGCCACCGGCAGAAGGUGCUACACCGAGACCUCAAGCCCCAGAACCUGCUCAUCAAUGAGAGAGGAGAACUCAAGCUGGCUGACUUUGGCCUGGCCCGGGCCAAGUCAAUUCCAACGAAGACCUACUCCAAUGAGGUGGUAACACUGUGGUACCGGCCCCCUGACAUCCUGCUUGGGUCCACAGACUACUCAACCCAGAUUGACAUGUGGGGUGUGGGCUGCAUCUUCUAUGAGAUGGCCACAGGCAGGCCCCUCUUCCCGGGCUCCACGGUGGAGGAACAGUUGCACUUCAUCUUCCGCAUCUUGGGAACCCCAACUGAGGAGACAUGGCCAGGCAUCCUGUCCAACGAAGAGUUCAAGACAUACAAUUACCCCAAGUACCGAGCUGAGGCCCUUUUGAGCCAUGCGCCCCGACUUGAUACCGAUGGGGCUGACCUCCUCACCAAGCUGCUGCAGUUUGAAGGUCGCAAUCGGAUCUCCGCAGAGGAUGCCAUGAAACAGCCAUUCUUCUUCAGCCUGGGGGAGCGGAUACACAAACUUCCUGACACUACUUCCAUAUUUGCACUAAAGGAGAUCCAGCUACAAAAGGAGGCCAGCCUUCGCUCUUCAUCGAUGCCUGACUCAGGCAGGCCAGCUUUCCGCGUGGUGGACACCGAGUUCUAAGCCACAGACCGAGGCCCCAGCAGGCAGCGGCUGGAGGGAUGCCACACCCCUCACAGGGCAACCCCCAACUGAAUCCUCCCUGCUUGCUGCCUGCCUGACUCAUGUCUGUCUGCCCACAUACAUGUCCCUUGCUCUCUGUUCAAACACCCACCCAUUGACCUGUCAACCCACCCGUUGGCCUGUCUGCUGGGUGCUAACAAAGCUCUCAUCGCUCCUCGCCUGGUCUGUCUGUCUGUCUAUUUCUUUCUUUCUGUUUUGGUAGUUGCCAGUGGACAGCAUGGCCGUGCCAGCCUCCCACACUAAGGCCAGGCCUGUACCCUCCUCCUCAUACCCUCCCCCAGGACCGCUACCCCACGGCCAGCCAGGGGUCUGGAGCUAGCCCAGGCUGGGGAUCUCUGCUCAGACCAGAUGUGGCAAUGCCUUGGGUCUGAGGCUUCCCCCAUCUACUUUCCUGCCUGCCCCACCCACCUCAUUGUUGUCUGGGCCUUUUUUCAUUUCAGUCACUCUUGUUUUUUAAUUAUUUUAAAUGAGGUUUUCAUUUUUUUAAUGCAAUAUCUCUCUAUACAGUCUGGCUGGGCUCCACCCCCUACAUGUGGCCCUCCCACAGUAUUUUGUGCAAUGAAGCCCCGCUCCCAGUCUUUCCAUGCUGGGGACAAAGCCCCUAUUUGGAAUCCUGACCAUCCUCAGACCCUGGGGUCGGCUAAGGGAAAGCAUGCCUCAGCUACCUGUCUUCCUACCCCUGCCUGCCAUCCCCAGCUGCAGGGGGACCUGGGGGACCACUGGAGACUCUGGGAGAUGAAUAAGGUGGGGCACCCCCACUCUUUCUCCCCUGCAGUCCCGUAGCUGGGGCCUCCUUCCUUCUCAGGGUCUCCCUAGCCCAGCCCUCAUGCCCCCAUCCCAUUGGUGCUGUUGAGUAGGGGCCCUGCCAGAAACUGACCGACUCAGUGAGGAGCCAGAGUGUGUGUAUGUACACAGACAGGGACAGAAAGGUGUGUGGAGGGUAGAGCAGCCAUUACUCCCUAAUCCCUGGGGAGGGUGAGGCAGGGCAGGAUAGUCUUGGGGGUCAAUCUGCAGAUGGGUGGUUACCUCCCCUUCCUCCACUCCAAACCCUGGGGCCCUCAAAUGGGGUGGGAGGGCAGGGGUGGGGGCCCUCCUAGUGAGGUUUGGGGGUUUGGGUUCCUGAAUGCACCAUAAUCGCUGUAUGAAAUAUUAAAAAGUCUAAAGUGAAAAA